GUUACAUUGGCAGGAUUGCGUAUAUAACAAUCAAGAUGCGACGCCUUAUGGACUUCAUUCUCAGGCAGAAGCAAUCGACAGUUCCAUACUAAGAACAAGAAUACAAACUAUUAAGCUUAAUACUUUAAUCCAAACCUUGUCUAUAUCCACUCACCCAAUCGCUUCAAACCUCCUUCACAUCCUUCAAUAUGUCCAACAACUCAGGCAACAAUGUUCCCACAACCUCAGACUCCCAGGUAGAUUCUACCAAGUAUAACAGUUCCAAGGUCGCCGAUCCCGAAACUGCCUCUAUUGCUACCUUUUCCUCGUCAGCGCCCCUUUUCAAAAAGGCCCAAAAGGAAAAGAAUGGAACGGAAAUCGAUGCCAAGAAGCUCCAGGAACAGGCCCUCAGGUCACAGAUUCGAUUCAGUAUGUAGUCGACGGAUUCUCGAGGUCUGGGACAUGGUGCUGAUUUAGAAAGCGGACUGAAAAUAUGGUGGAGGGCACAGGCACAUAAAUGUAAAGGGGCGAAGGGUAUCUUUUGUUUAAAUGCAG